AUGCCGCCGUUUAAAAUUUUAACAGCACGGCGUAAUGAUCAUUUGAGGGCUAUAUCUACGUCAGCUGUGAGGCGUGACCAAUCUGCCGAAGAGCUAGGGCCCACUAUCAAGCGUCCUAGGAGGUAUUUGGAUAUGAAAACCUUUAGAAAGUUUCUACAACAACAGAAGACAUUGGAUAUCGAAAGGGAAAAGAAGGCCAUUGCACAAGCCCAUGCCAAACCGCCUCCCGACGGUUGGGGAGUGCUGGAGUUCCUUAAUGCCGCUGGUGUCGGCGAUGGCGCCGAACUUAUCGCAGAAUCAUUUGGAUCAUGGAACGAAUUUAUCAGUAGUACUAUAGAAGAUCUAUAUACGAACAAUAGCAUGACCAACAAACAGCGACGCAUCGUAUUCAAACAUAUAACGUUGUACAACCAUGGCAUGUGGCCACACUCUGAAGAUGCAGACUACAUUAUAGCCUUUCAGGCAAAACCGCUCGCAAACGAGGGUAAGCCUUGGAAUGCAGAGGACGACGCAGAGCUAAAAAGGCUUGCCGACCACUACGAUCCAGAUUUUGGUGACCCCUGGUUAUAUAUAUCGUGGGAGAUGCAGCGAACCAUCGAGGAAGUCCAAGAUCGGUACAUCCAGCUGGUAACAAUACCGAAGUACCGCAGCGACACGUGUGAAAUCGCAGUUACCAAAGCGUACAAACCGUUACUCAUGAACAGGAAGUUCAAACUAGAUCCUCCGUUCUUGUAUAUUAUACCAUCCAAGGAAAACUUCCCUCUCACGCAUAUAUAUCGCAACCGUGACGACCGCACGCCAGUGCAACCAGAGGACGUAUUCUCGGAACAGUUCCGGGCCUAUAGGCGCAGCGAAUGCUUUAAAAACUAG